AUGGCAGCCACCGACGACAAGUAUGUCAACUACGAGGACAAAUCCUCUCCAUCACCCUCUAACCAGCCGAUUGAGUAUGAGACCGACGCCGGCACCGUGAAGCGCCGAUUCAUCCCGCACUUCAGCUGGGAAGUGCGCCAGGAGCCCAGCUCUUUCGCCGCGAGCAAGAACUCAUCCAAUGCCGACUUUGAUCCUAUUCCGCCGAGCAAGCGGACGUGGAACUGGGGCGCGUAUAUCGCGUACUGGAUGGCCGAUGCCUGGGCAGUUAGUAAUUGGGAGGUUGCUUCGUCCAUGAUAUCUGUUGGUCUGGACUGGAAAUUCGCCAUCGGCGCUUGCGUGCUCGGUAACGCGGUCAUGGGCAUGGUCAUCACGAUCAACGGUCGCAUGGGUGCCAAGCUUCACACCCCUUUUCCAGUCCUGGCACGCAUGCCUUUCGGCUACUAUUUCAGCUACUUCGUCGUCUUGUCUCGUUGCGUCCUCGCCAUUGUCUGGCUUGGUGUUCAGACCACAACCGGUGGACAGUGUAUGACAGUGCUCCUCACAGCAAUCUGGCCUUCCUUCAAAAACAUCCCAAAUCAUAUCCCCGAGGAUGAGGGCAUCACCAGCGCUGGCAUGAUUGGAUUUCUGCUGUAUUUCUUACUGCAACUCCCCUUUUUGUGCAUUCCCUAUACCAAGGUGCAAUACUUCUUCGCGUUCAAGUCCGUGAUUGCACCGAUGUGCUUCCUCGCCAUCUUUGGUGACACCCUCCGCCGAGCUGGUGGUACAAUUAGCCACAGCUCCGUCAUCACACAACCAACCCUCUUGCACGGCUCCGCACUCGGUUGGGCUUUCUUCAGCAAUCUCAACGGCGUGCUGGGCAACUAUGCAACGCUCGGAUUGAACAUUGCCGAUUUUUCACGAUAUGCAAAGAAGCCAAGCGAUCAAAAUGUGCAGGUUAUUGUGAUUCCGGCCAUUUUCACCGUCGUCGGACUGUUAGGUAUCUUCACAGCAGCAGCUUCUGAGACGGCUUAUGGAGAGGUGCUCUGGAACCCUAUCGAUAUCAUCAACCUAUGGAUGGAGUCCGGAUCUCAUGGCGGUCGUGCGGCUGCCGCCUUUGCCGCCAUUGGACUCAUCAUUGUCACACUUGGUAUAAAUAUUUCCGCCAACUCCAUCAGCGCUGCGAAUGAUCUCAUGGCCUUCGCUCCGCGAUACAUCAACAUCCGACGUGGCCAACUUUUGGCGGCCUUCAUUGGCAGCUGGGGUUUUGUUCCGUGGAAAAUUCUUGCUUCAGCAGCAAAAUUCCUCGCCUUCCUUGGUGGUUAUACCAUCUUCUUGGGCCCAAUGACCGGCAUCUUGAUCUGCGAUUAUUAUAUCGUCCGCCGUCAAAACGUCUCCGUCAUGGAUAUGUACCAAUUCCACGGAAUCUAUCGCUAUAGUCAAAAGUUCGGCACCAAUUGGCGUGCUCUUGCUGCAUUCCUCAUUGGCUGUAUUCCUCCGCUUCCAGGCUUCGUCAACAACAUUGUUGUCGCUGGUCAUGGAACCACUAGCGUUUCUCUCGGUGGACAACGACUAUUCGCCAUCGGCUACAUGUACUCAUUCGUCUCAUCUGCUGUUUUCUACUGGCUCUUCAACCGCUUCUUUCCGCAUCUCGAGUCCAAGAUGGACCAUGCGGAGACAGGCGAGGAUAUUAUUGCUGCAAACGACGCUAGGAACAUGGAGCGGAGACGGUCUAGUUGGGCCGAGCCUGGGCAAAAACCCAGUUUCAUCAAGCGGAUGUUCCAGGUCUAG